UGUGAGUUUUCGCGUUUUUUGGUGCGAAUUCACGAUUGUACCUUUUUUUUUGCUCCCCCACUGUAGUUCUAUUGGCUUUUUUGCUGUGGUACUUUCAUCUUGAUCUGCGAAUCUUGCGAACCCAACGUCUUGGCCGCGCGCUCACGAACUCCCUUUCUGCGACAAUUGACGUCAAUCAGUCCGUGUCCAAACCAGAGCUGAGAGCUGCUUGAAUGUUCGUCGGCCGCCAUGGAGGGCAAUCUGCGCCCCGGCUCUAACUCGCCACCCUUACUAGCCCUCGACCGCCGUUCACCGCUUCUCCGAACCAUCAACUCCUCCUGUUCUUCUCUACAUGAAAUGCCGCGCAUAAGGAAGUUGCGGAUGCUUGUUGCUGCAAAUGGCCAACGAGAUGUCGCCUAUGCUCAGGCCAUCGCCGUGCGUCUCCUCAAAGAUGCCCAGAUCGAGACUCGAGCUCUAGUCGACGAGGUUCCCUUGCGACUUACACACGAGAUCAUGGUGAUGGAGAACCGAAGCCUGGCCACUGUUGCUAUCGAUGCCGAUCAGAGGACGAAGGAUGCUAUAGAAGCUGCGCGCCAGACUGCCUUUGAACUUGUCGAAUGGGCGGAUUUACUCGUCCUCGCCCCCAUUGACGCCGACCACCUCGCCAAGAUGAUGUCCGGCAUCGCUGAUACUACUCUACUCGAAGUCUUACGCGCCUGGGACGUCUCCAAGAAGAUCUUGUUAGUGCCGGGCAUGUCGGUGCAGAUGUGGGAGCACCCGAUGACCAAGAAGCAACUCAGCAAGAUAAAACGAAAGUGGAAUUGGAUCAAAGUCAUGUCACCAGUCCUGUGGCAUUACGAACGACGUGGGGAUGGGAAGCGCGUGGUGUCGUGGGAUGGCUUCAAUGACCUUGUCGGAAUCAUCAAAAACCAAGCCGAGCUUAUGAGCCUCGGGCAUGACGUAGAGGUCGCUGCGAAGCAAGCCAUGCACACCAUCAGCCCUCGUCGAGUGGCCAAGACACUCCCACCUGAGAUAUGGAGCCUCAUCUUUGAGCAUGUUGGCGACUGGGAGGUCGCCACAGCGCUUAACAUAUAUACGACCCUCGAAAUACCUAUUGAAUGGAAGAAGAAUCGAAUAAACUUGAUUGAUCCUCUCGAAAUUUACAUGCACGAUCUCGAAUGGCUAAUACUCUCCUGUCCGGGAUCUGAUGUCAUAUGUCAAAAACUGGCCGAAGCACCAAAGGGGCUCCGUUACGUAUCCUCUCUGGUAGUGAAGCUCAUCAUGAAGUUUUCACUCGUUGAUGUGCUGACCUACCUAGAAACUAACCUGAGCAAAGUGUUCUGGGCCUCCUUUAGCGCCAAAUUCCUACCCAAUAAAGCAUCCGGGGUUUACGGGCGUGUGGACAUUCUCACGUGGUGGAAUACUUCACCAUCCUUCUUGAAGAAGGAGUAUGAUGCCGAGGCACUAGAUCACGCCUCGCGGAUGGGCUAUGUCCACGUGCUAGAUUGGUGGGUACGGUCGGGUCUCCCCCUGAAAUAUACUGAAGCCGCUCUCGAGUCUGCUUCCAAGGAGGGACACCUAUUAGUGCUGGAGUGGUGGAAAGAGGCGGCACUAAAGGACGAUAACAUUGUUCUCAAGCCCGGCCGGAGCCUCCUAACCGCGGCCCAGCACGGCCAGACAGCUGUGCUCCGCUGGUGGGAGGGCUCAGGCACCCCAGUCGGCUACAGCGAGGGCGUCUGCAAGAUUGCCAGCGCGCACGGCCAGACCGCGGUCCUCGACACGUGGCACGAGCUGAAGGGUGAGAAGCUCUCCUUCGACUCACAGGUGCUGGUGGCGCCUACCAAGCAAGGGCACAUCGACGUCCUGGAAUGGUGGAAGCAAUAUGCGCGCGGCGAGAAGGCCGGCGGCGACGGCAGGACGCAUCGCGUCGAGUAUAAGACGUGCGACAUCGAAGAGGCGCUCGAAGAUGCCAUCGGCGACCCCCGCCCGAUACGCAGAUGGUGGGCAAGGAAUGGAUUGAAUCUAGGCCUUGGGACGAGCGAGUGGAUGAAGAUACGGAGACUGUAAAUACUUAUAGUGUAUUAUGAAUAUAAAUACCAAAGCAAGUCUAUGGCCGCCA